GGGAUGGUCUGAUCGUGUCAGAAUCCGGGGAUAUCGAGUGAUUUUCUCUCCCUCCACCGACACAAUCCGGGGAAGUGCUUGACGCUACGGUUCGUUUGAACGGGCACUAAGACUUAGGACCGGACGGGGGAGCCAAUGGUGCUGCGUGAGGGUGACGGGCCAAGAGAGUCUCGACAAGCUGACGGGUCUAUUUUGGUGAUGGUAUGCAUUCUGACCCUGGACUUUGGGGAAUUGAGGCGGGCAAUUGCACUAUAUAAAAAGGCUCUGAGUUCCUGCUCAGUGAAUUCUGGUCAGAGUGCUUGUAUUGAAAAAUUCGGUCAUCUUUGAGAUAUUUUCCGAGUCUCCUGAGCCUCUGCAGGCAUUCAGCCAUGGCGUCCGACAAACACGUCAACACCGAACAUGUCGAGGAGAAAUACGGCACCAGCACCAAUCCUGACCAUGUAUCCGACCAUUCCGAGGUCCAUGCCAGCAGCGAGGCUCAAGCAGCCCUCGACAAGGAACACAACAUGACCCUGCUGCAGGCCUUGAAAAUCUACCCCAAAGCCGUCGGAUGGUCUAUCCUUCUCUCUUGCGCCAUCAUCAUGGAGGGCUACGACGUCGUUCUGAUCGGCUCUUUCUACGCUUUUCCCGCCUUCAACCAGAAAUACGGCGGGUUGAUGUCCGACGGAUCCUACGGGCUCACGGCGGCCUGGCAGGCCGGGUUGACCAAUGCUAUGAGCUGCGGUCAGAUCAUCGGGCUGUUUCUCAACGGUAUCGUGUCGGAGCGCUUCGGAUACCGACGCACUCUCAUGACUUGCCUUGCGUCCACGGUAGGCUUCGUCUUCAUCCUGUUCUUCGCACCGAAUGUACAAACUCUGGUCGCCGGGGAGCUGCUCAUGGGCAUUCCGCUGGGUGUGUACCAGACUCUGGUGGUUACAUACGCGUCAGAAGUAUGUCCCGUGGCGCUACGAGCAUACUUGACAACCUAUGUCAACCUGUGCUGGGUACUCGGACAAUUGAUCGCAUCCGGAGUCCUGAAGGGUCUAGCCGAGCGCACCGAUCAAUGGGCCUACCGCAUCCCCUUCGCCAUCCAGUGGGUGUGGCCGGUCCCCAUCUUCAUCGGAGUCUAUCUCGCCCCCGAGAGCCCGUGGUGGUUAAUCCGCCAAGACCGACGCGAAGACGCCGUCAAGGCCGUCAAGCGACUCACGAAAGCCGGACAUCCCGACUUCAGCGCCGAAGAGACCGUGUCCAUGAUCGUGUACACCAACGCGCUCGAGAAACGUGUCGAGACCGGAACCUCGUACCUAGACUGUUUCAAAGGCGUGGAUCUCCGCCGCACCGAGAUCGCCUGCUGCGCCUGGGCCGCGCAGAGUCUCUGCGGUGCCGGCUUGAUGGGCUACUCCACGGUGUUUUAUCAGCGCGCGGGACUUGCCGUCUCCCAGUCUUUUACAAUGUCUCUGGCCCAGUACGCUAUUGGGGUCGUGGGCACGUUUCUCUCCUGGACGAUGAUGAUCUAUUUCGGUCGUCGUACGCUCUACGUCGGAGGACUUGCCUUCCUCGCUGUCAUCCUUCUCGUCAUCGGCUUCGUCUCUAUCCCUCCCUCUACGUCUGCCCUCUCCUGGGCCACGGGCUCGAUGCUUCUUGUCUACACACUCAUCUAUGAUUCUACGAUCGGCCCUGUCUGUUUCUCGCUCGUCUCGGAGAUGCCUGCGUCCAGACUCCGGACUAAAACCGUCGUCCUGGCCAGAAACGUGUAUAAUGUUUUGAACCUCGUUACGGGAAUUAUUAUCCCGUAUAUGCUGAACGUGGACGCGUGGAAUUGGCGCGGCAAGUCUGGUUUCUUCUGGGGCGCACUGUGCAUUCUUUGCUUGACUUGGUCGUUCUUUAGGUUGCCGGAGCCGAAGGGUCGGUCUUAUGCUGAGUUGGAUAUUUUGUUUGAAAGGAAGACGAGGACUAGGGAGUUUGCGCAGGCUAAGACGGGGUUGCUUGAGGCGGAUGGAGACAUGACUACAGUUGCUGCUUGA